AUGGACUGGGCUCUUAUUAUUAUUGUGCAAGUUCUUUUUCAACCAUCUCUGUCAGUCUUUUUUACUGUGGAAGCAGAGCACAGUAAAUACACAUCAGAGUAUGGAGGAAAUGUUGUGAUGGGCUGCAAGUUUUACCCCAAACCCUCACAUCCUCAGAAUGACCUGAAGGUGACCUGGCACUGGACGGCUGCAUCUCCGUAUCAGGAAGUCAUCCGGAUAGAUAAAGCAGUGGAGCAUUCCACGUCUCAGAAGUAUCAGAGCCGAGUGAAGCUUCUUACUGAUGAGCUGAAGGAUGGCUGGGCAAAGAUACAGUUGUCCAAUUUGAAGAUCAGUGAUUCUGGGACCUACCAGUGUUUGGUGCAAACUGCAGAAGGGACUGACUAUAAGACCAUAACCUUGUCAGUUACAGCACCAUACAAAUUCAUCUCCAAGCACAUUGAGAAGACAGCGGAGGGGGAUAAGGUGCUGCUGACCUGCCAGUCGGAGGGAUACCCUCAGUCUGCUGUCGAAUGGCAAGAUGGACGCUUGCAGAGGCACAGUCCCAACACCACAACUACAACAACACCAGAGCAUCUUGUUAAAAUCACCAGUCAGAUACAAGUCAGCUCUUCAGAGGAAAACAAUUACACUUGUAGCUUCACAAAUGAUAAAAACUGCUAA